UGUAUGUCCACCAACGCCAGGUUCAGGGCCGCUAACUUCCAAUUUACUUUCGAUAUCGCAAAGUUUUCACGUGUGUGGAUUUGUGUAGCAAUAAUUUUCAGGUACUUAUUAACAACUUUAGAUGGUGCAAGGCUUGUGUGCACAGAAGUUUCAACAUCGAGUGAUGAAGAUUUUUCGAGGGAGUUCACAGAAAACCCUUGAUUUUGGAAAGUUAAGCCUAAAUAGUAGCCUACAGUGACAAAGGGACGAGGAAUAUUAUUUGAAAAGUAAAUAUAUGGAGAAAGACCAAUCAACCACAAAGGAUACAUUGACUAAAACAUAAAAGCAUUGCCUAUUUAAGAGCUGGGAAAUAGCCGAAGCAUCGAAGAGAUCGGGAACUGCCGUUGAUCAUUCUUAGUGCUCCGAAUUGAUGUUGGUGAUCAAGAAAUGAAAGAGCUCCCUUGCUCCACAACAGGCCUAGGUCUUAGAUGACUGAACAAUGAAGUGAAACAAGGCCUUCACUAGGAAAGUUUUCUCCUCCAAGAGUGUGUCCUCUGAUUGCUUGCCCUGCUUCUUAUUGAGUAUCGUAUGCAAAUUGCUGUUGUGUAGUUAUUAAUUUGAUAAUGGUGCACAUGAUGAAAACUGGUAUUUUAUUGAACAUUCCUAUUGGAAACAUUGUAAACUUGGUAUUCAAAUCAAUUGUGUGAACUGUUUUAUAAAUUUCAUCUUCAAAUCAGUUGUGUGAAACUAAAGGCUGAUUUAUUCAAGUUCCCAGUAGGAAAUUGUAAUGCAAAAUAUUGUCAAGUGAUUGUUGUGGAUGUAUUCCAAGGAAAUUAAUAACAUUGUGAGAUGAAUCAGAAUGUGAAUCAGGCUGACAGUGAAGUUGUAUACUUAAUUCCAUGUAAAGAAAAACAUAUUGGUUCUCAAAUAAUCUAUGCUGGAAAAUCCCAAGUAGACUUGAUAAAGAUUUAUCUUUCAAAUGUCCGUUCACCUACGGUGCCUGUAGUCGCUUCAGGGAAUAGUAACACAGCGAAGAAACUUAAUGGAAGAGCUCAUACUAGCUUAGUUGAAAAUAGAUGGAAUAAUCACCUGAAAAAGAAUAAUUUCGGAUGUGUGCUCAAUGCCAAGUCACAAACAUUACACCCUACGUUUGCUACACCAGUUAGCACGGACUCCCUUUCAAGAAGCAAUACAUAUGAUGCUGGAUAUCAGGUAAAUGUUGCUGAUGCUAAAUUGUGUGAUUCCUCAUCAGUAGUUCAAAGUUCUAGCGUAGUUGCGAAUGAAAAUCUCCAAAACAAUGCACUGAACGUUGAUGAAUUUUGUAAUUUACUACGGGACAUUUCAGAACAGGGAAUCAGUUCAGAAGGUAGAGACCAUUUUCCUUUAGGUGAUAAGGAGAUGUCAUGCAAAGUACCUCUGCCAACAUCACAAAUUCAUGAAGACAAUUUGGAGACUUCAUUGACUCAUGACAGACAUAUAACUUCACUUCAUGAUGGUGAUAUUUGCUCUGCAGUUACUGAUAACAAAGUAAAUAACCAGUCUUUUGUGCCUUUGUCUAUUGAAACUUUGUGCACAAAUAAUUCUUAUCUAGAUAAGUCACUGGGGCAAGAUACUUCUUGUAGCAGCAUUAGCUGUGGGCAGCAAUGUGUGAAGCAUCAGUUGCUGUCAAAUGAACUAGUUUGGACCCAGCAAUCACCAAGGCCCUCAGUCAUGCCUAUAACGUCUUCAAAUGUAAUGUGGAAUUGUGACCAAGAAAGUAUAGUGGAUGAAUUAUUAGGUUCAUUUCAAGACAUUCAUUGCACUUCAAGUGAUGAACAGACAACCUCAUGUAAUUAUCCUCAGCAAAAAAUUGCUGUGUAUGACCAAAGUGCAAGUUUGGAAGUAAUUGGUGUAAAUAGAAUAACUGAAGGUGUCCAAGAAAAUAAAUCACACACUGCUGACAUGAUAUUUGACAUACCAAACCUACAGAAUGUGUUUCCAGAAUCAAACUCAUCAGAGGUAACCGAAACAUCAGAUAAGGGUAAUAUUUUACAGAACACUUUAAACUGCAGUAGAUUUGAUGAUCUGAAGUUUCCAGAGUCAUCUAAACAACCAUCAAAAUCAAGUGAAGUAUCAAAUAUCAAUGAUAUAAUAUCAGAUGUUGCUGAUAUUCUUGAUGAAAUUCAUACAAAUGAAGUUCAAUUGCCUGUUCCUGAAGGAGAUUUCUUGCUUGAUUCUGCACAGUCCGAUUCACCAGUUCUUGACCAGAUAUCCUCUUGUUCAUCAAGCAUUAGUGGAAAGGCACAAGUAGAUGAUUUUAUUACAAGCUUGGAUGGAACAACAGACUUUUCAUUGGAUACAUUAUUUCAGACCCCAGAAGGCAACCAGAAGGCUAAUGAAAACAAUAAUAGUAAGAGCACCAGGAAUGAUCUUUCCAAUGAUGCUGAAAAUAAUAUAUACUUUGAUGACUCGAUGGAAAAAUCAGAGUCUGCUCUGAUUUUCAGUGAGCUGAUAACAUCCCGUGAGGAAUAUGAGAAUAGUGCUGAUAAGUGUGCCAUUAUGUCAGACAAGAGCUGUGUAAAUAGAAGUGACCAUGUGAUACCAAAAGUUACUGAGUCAAGUUCAUCUGUGCAAACAAAAAUAAUCCAACCAAACAGUAGCUGUGUAGACACUCCAGGAAUUCCAAAAAGGGUUGCCUUCAAAGUACGGCCUGCAGGCAAGCCAGUAAGGAACUUUGAUAAAGGACGAACAACAGAAAAGGUUUCUCGGAUACCUAAGCUGAUGCGGCCCACUUUAGGGAAAGAUAGAUCUACGAAGUUAGAUCUUAGACCUCAUAAGUCUGCUGAAGCUUAUGCUGAGCAGUUGAAAGGAAAUAGUAGUUCAAAUAAGAAUAUGUUUAGCCCUAGAUAUGUUUCUUGCAAAUACUUUGCUACUUAUGAUGAACCUAUAGUAGAAAGAACACCUUCAGUAAUUAACAUUAAUGAGCAAAAGCAAGAUAAUCUCAUUCUGCCCAUAGGAACGACUGGUAUGAGCAUUGCUAUACCUAAUACUGUAAAGACUGAUAUGGUAUCAUUUAUACCAGCAGGAGAAAAAAUGUGUGAACCAUCAACCAAGUUAAUACCUGCUAACACAUCAUGUAGUCAACUACAUGCUAGUAGUGACUUUAUCUCUGGACUUUCAAAAAAGCCAGCAAUACAAUAUAUUAAAUCAAACUUUCAAAAUACUAAUUAUAUUGUGGGCUCUUCAUCAAAUACCAAAAGUAUUGGGACAUUGAAUCAGGUAAUACAACAAACAAUUUUGGAAACUAGUGAUGUAUUGCUACCAGUAUCUUCAUCAGCGGUUACAUUUUCAACUGCAGGACAAGUAAUUGAUCCUUAUUCUCAGAAUUCAAACUGCAAACCCAUUUAUGUUGUAUUACCAUCAACAACAAAUACACUUAAUAAUGGCUUUGCUCAUUAUAGUCUACCUAUAACUAGUAUUACAACACAAGCUGGCAAGUCAAAAACAAAUUCUAUCAGUACCCUUCAAAUUGUACAAAUUGAUGGAAGAGACAGUAUUUUAAAGCAAAGUUUGAUAAAACCAGCUUGGCCUGUUGCACCUGCAGACUCUCAUGUGAACGCCAAUGGCUGUAAGAAGCCUUUAGAAAAUCAGACUUGUGAUAAGAUUUCCGAGCCAAUUAGAAUAACGGUAAGGACUAGACCAAAGAUAUUAGCCCAUAAUCAGGGAGGUUAUGGAUCAUAUACUAAAUGUAGUUUAGGGUCUGAAGACAGAAUUAAAAUGAAAUGUACUCCAAGUUCGAUACCUAAAGCUGUGAAGAACAGAAAUCUAGUGAAAGAGUUAAAAAUUCAUUUUCCCACAGUACCAGAAGCUAUUUUGCAACAACUCACCAUUCCUCCCCAAGCUGUAAAUAGAGGAUACUUGACCAGGCAUGACUUGCAAAAUCUUCAUAAUCAAGCUUUAAAAUUGCAUUUAAGUAUAGUUUAUAGAAAUCAUGUAACAAAGUGUACAGAUUACAAUUGUGAGACGUGUCGUAAUUUUGUUGGUCAGCAAGAUUCCUUGAAGUGGUCAUUGAAAGAGCAACAGAACAAGUCUAAAAAUGGAUGUAGGAAUAAUAAAGGCAAAAAAGGCCAAGUAAAACCAAGGAAGUCUGUUAAAAAAUGUAUUCGGUCUAGGAAUGUGAAUGGCGAAGAUGAUGAUCCUACAUAUGAGCCACCCAUUAGUUACUUCAAAGCAUGGAAAAGAAAAAUUGACAGCAAUUGGUGUAGUAGACAACCCAUGAAAAUACUGAAAGUAGAAGGUCAUACUGCUGCUGAAACUACUCAUAAUACAAAUGAAAAUAGUAUGCUGUUAACAAAUGAACAGCAAAAAGGCAAUGCAAGUGAACAAUGGAAGACGGCACUCAGGCGUUCACUGUCUGAACCUGCUAUCACUAAAAUUGUUGGACAAAAUACAGAUGAAACUAUUAAGCAUUCUCAAGAUGACAUGGACAUAAAAGUUUGUAAAAAUCCUUCCAACAUUCAGUUCACUGUAAGUUUACCCACAGUUGACACCAGUGGGAGUGGGUUUUAUAUGGAAAAUUUGUGUGAGAACUCCAGUGGAAAUGUGUACCCAGUGCCAGUAAUAUCAAGUGAAAAUAAUAAUAUUUAUCAGCCAAACUCCUUGGAAGAAAAAAAAGAUUUUGAUAUGGACUGCAAACUACAGCAGUGGCCCAGUUUUUUUAGUGAUCAAAACUACAAUUACUCAUGUGGAAUGAACCAGAAUUUGAAUGGUACAAAUUCGCCAUCAUCUGUUAUUAGCUAUCCAUAUGCCACUAAAUCAACAGAAUCACAGUGCUACUGCUUAGAUACCAACAUGACUGUGAUGACUCCACAGCCUGUGCCCUUGAACAGUGAAUGCCAAUAUUCUCCAGCUCUGUAUUUAGAAAAGGGUUGUAACUGUAGUGAAAGUUGCCGGACAAUGAAAUGCCCGUGUGCUCGAGCAGGUGUACUAUGUCGUGUUGGCCAAGCCUGUUUAUGCAAAAAUUGUGACAAUCCUCUUAAUAUACUGCAUCAGUAUGAACUGGAUGUACUUCUUGCCCGUGUAGAUGAGUGUCUUAUGCAGAAUCUGUAUAGCUAUGAAAUAUCAGGACUAUGUAAUUUGCUGGUGUCAAAUAUUAUAAUGCCUUGUUGCACAACAACUUCAAAACUACAGCACAUUAUUCCUGGCACUGUGAUCUGUAACUGUUGUGGCAAUGCAGUCACUUAUUCAUGGUGCACACACAGUGUUCAUCUCCAGACAGUUUGCCCACGUAAUCACUGUAUGGUCUGCUGUGCCUGUAAACCAACUCUUCAUACCCACUGUCAGAAUUGUCAGCAGUGUACACCUUCAACAAGCCAGGGCUCAUGUUUGGAAUGUGGGAUGAUUAAAUUAUUUGCUGUUUAAAUCCUCAUAAUUACAUUUUAUUAUAUGUAAGUGGUUUAACUCCGAAGGGAUACAAAAAUAAGAUUUAUUACACAUUACCUCAACAAAUCUUUGUAUUGUUCUUUGUUGAAAUGAUACUUGUUAUAGUUGAAAUCUACUGGAAUGAAAGAAAAAUUGUAUUUGAGUGAUAAGAUUGCCACAGUGCUGUAAAUAUACAACAUAAUUUUCAUUACAAUUGAAUAUUGGGAUUAAUGAGCUAACAUGUUUUGGAUUAGUGACAAGUAUUACUAAUAGUUUUUUAUUUUGGCUUUAAGAAUCACCAUGUAUUUUGUACAACAGACCUUAAUUAAUGAUAAGUGAAAAAGAAAACUUGAAUAAUUUUGGGUCAUGUUGUUUAAUUAGCUGUCAUCCUCCCAAAUUUGCCAAUCAUUGCUAUUCUUUGGCCUGAA